GUACGUAGCGGAAAGGGAAACGGCUCCAUAAUCAACAAUGAAGGCUUCCCGACCUCAUCGUUGAAUUCUGGGUUCUUUGAUUACCGUAGACGCUUAAGUCCUGCGGCCGAUCUUCGUCGGGCUGAGCAACCUCGGCAUCAAGAGGCGCUGCAGGGGCAACAGCCUCAAGAGGUUGAAUUCACCAUCAAAUUGCUUCAGCAAGCAGCCAUGAAAGUGAGUUUUUUUAGGGAUUCUUAUAUGCUUAUAUGUUCAUUUUUUUUAGAUCUUCAAUGGUUCCAAAUGUUAUUUUCGUCUCACCAAGAGGUUUUUGAACGCGGAUACCUAGUCAGUCUUGUACCCAUGUUUCCCUUCUGUUGGUUGAUGAGGCUUAUUGCAUUUUCUGAUUCUGUUGUUCAUCUCCGCAAGUUUAUAAAACGAGAGCAUUGGUUUGCCAUUGUUGAAUUCUCAUAUUAUACAGGUUAAUGUGUCAGGAGGGUCAGAACUUCAAUAACAGCAACCACCACUACCACUACCUUGAACGCUGUAAUGUAUGCUUUAGAUAUCCCUUCAACUAAUCUCAUUCAGGAAGAGCAGCUGAGGAACAAUCUACAGUUGUCUAUAUCUUUUAGUAGAAACAGAAUGAAAGAACUAGUGAUGUUGAUCAGGUCUUCCACGUUCAAGGAAGCCCAGAGCAUACUAUGUACUGUAUAUUUCAGGUGUGGAGUGUGGACUUCAUUCAAGACCAUCAAGGUCAAUGAGAGAACAUUGAGGCUUGUGACGUGGGAUACAGCAUGUUCCUAGAAUUAAUGGAGAAAUUCCUUCAUGCAAUGAAGUAAUCAGACCAUGAAAGGCUUCUGAUCUCUGAAUGAGUACGACUGUAAUGUUGGAUGCGAGGAAACGGUUAUGAUGAUCUGAAUUCUGAAAUUGAUUUAUUUGCUCGUUCUUUAACUAGAUCCUCCCUUCCGAGAGGAAUUUUACAAUGCUAUAUAGCAUUGGUGCUAUAAGUUUUUACCUUUAUGGUAUAACUUGAAAUUGUACCUUUAAUUUUAUGGUACAACUUCAGAUUGUACCUAUACUUUUUGUACAAAUUCUUUUAUGGUACAACUUAAACUUGUACCUUAUGUGAUGCUACAACUUCAUAUUGUACCUAUACUUUUUGUAAAGUUGUACCAUAAAGACAUAAUGAUACA